UUGACAUGGACAGCAACUUUUAGCUGCCCGCCGGGUGAACGUUGAACGCCAAAUCCAAAAGUGACCGAAGAAUCGAAAAUACAAAUGGCAAUAGGUUAUAUUUUGUUUCGAGGAAACUAAAUACUUUUACAUGUAAUUUAUACAAGAUAACAAUGGGGUAUUUAGUGCAAGCUGUUGUUGUUUUAUUAGCAUUAAAUUUUAGCAUACGAACUUGUGAUUGUGCUAAAAUAAACACGCCGCGGGUAUUGCUACCAUGGUUCGAAAAUUUAAAUGUGAACUUUACUUUUGAAAUUAUCGGCGGAGGGUGCUACAGUUGGAGUUCUUCAAGAGAUGACAUCAUAGAUCUCGAGGCCUUGUAUGGAGAUACUUGGGGACACUGCUCUCGUGCGGCCCGCGUCUCGGCCUCCGAGGCCUGUGUACCUCCAGGAUCUGUAAUAAUUUUCGCUGAAGAUGACAACACUGGGGAGAUCUUGCGUGGGGAUGUUGAUAUAGCUAAAAUCAGUUCUCUGAAAAUAGUGAGUACCACUUGGAAGCUGUAUUUGGAAGAAGCACCGGAGGCCUUUGAAGUUGUGGCAAAUGAUGAUCUGGGUAAUACCUUUUCAACCUUGGAAGGAGUGAGUUUUACAUGGACAAUUGAAAAUGUAGGGAAUUAUGGGGAAGAUCCAUUGGUGACGUUGGUUCGCUGGAGUGAUACGGAUUACGAAGCACCGAAAGGCAUAGCUGAACUAGAGGCUAAAGGUUUCCGAUCAUAUUCAGUUUUACUGUAUGGCCAGGCCAUGGGAGAGUCUAAAGUGACAGUGUGCCUUGGAAAUAUAUGUACUAGCUCCAAUUUACAUGUAGCUGCUAGUGUGGUACUGACGCCUGCUGUAGCUUACAUUGCACCGGGAGACACUCUACAAUACAAAGUUGUAAGAGUCCGUGCUGGACGACUAACAAUACAAGACGUAGUAGAAACACUGUACACUAUGAAAGUUGAUGACACCGGGAUUGCUACCAUAGAAGAUUCUGUAAGCUUGGUCAAAGGCACUCAGGUCGGAACGUCACAUUUGUAUUUGAUGUCAGGAAUUACCGAGGUAUCAAAGGCAACGUUAACUGUGGUAGAACCUCAUUCCAUACGGGUCACUAUUCGACCAUCCAACUUGAUAGUGUAUGGAGACAUUUUUAAUAUACACUGUGUCGUAUAUGACGAGGCUGGACAUCUGAUGACGCCUGGACAGGAGAUGUUGAUAAGAUUGACAGUGGAUGGUGCAGCAAAUGUGGACUUGUUGAAAUCAAAUGAGAAUGGUACAAUAACAGAAGCAGUGGCACAGAAUGCUGGGGAAUUUACUGUCACUGCAAGAUUGUAUUCUAUCGCUGGCAGAGCACUGACGAAAAAGAUAGAGGGUCAGGAGACUGGAUUAGCCAUUGAGCCUUUAGCAAUAGUGCCUCCUGAACUUUAUGUGGCUUGGACUGACAGUAUUCAAAACAUACAAAUUCAUCAUGAAGGCGGAGGUGACGAAACAGUGACUUGGUCGGCGAGCGGGACUGGUGACGGUGCGCUGUCACUCUCACAGUCGGGCGUGGUCAGAGUCAGUGACGUCGGCCAGAUGGAAGUUAGGGUGCACCUUACUAGGUACCCGCACAUCCGUGCUGUUGGCAGAGUGGUGUCGGCGGUGGCAGAUCUAAUACAAGUGUCGAGCUCCGGCAUCGCGCGCGUCGGCCGCCCCCACCAGCUGCACCUAGCAUUGACUGCCGCGCACCCCUCCACUGGGGAACUUUAUAAUUUCCAUUCAUGUAACUGUGGGUCGUUUGCCGUUUCCCUUUUGGAGGGUCCUGAACCGCAGAAUGUUACGGCGGCUCCUUGGUUGCAGCCGAUGGAUGGCGCGUGCUGCGUGCUCCAAUGCCACUGGAGCGCGCGUGGUGUGUCCACCGUGCGCGUGUCGCGCGGCAGGGCGGGCGCGACCGCGCGCAUCGCAGUCCGCGCUGCACCGACUCUGCUGUGGCCGCAAAACGUUGCGGCGCUAGUUGGAGCCACUUUACCGGUACUGGCGGAAGGCGAGGCGUUGGUCCCGCAGUCCAGCGAGCCGCGCAUCGUCGAACUGACCAACAGAGACGGUCCCGCACCCUACCGAUACCCUGACGCUCAGCUCUUCACCUUGAAAUGUCGAAAGAAAGGCGACGCUCGUCUAGAAGUAAUGUCGUACGCAGACGAGGAGCGAGAGUCGGUCGAAUUGGAGGUGGCGUGCGCGCCGCACGUGUCCCGGAUACGUCUGGAGCCGCCCGACGCGCCCGGCAACUGCUCCGCCGGACCCAGAGUAUGGCUGCGUCCACACCAAGAAGUGUCUGUAAAAGUGACUCUUCUCGACGCCAUUGGCCGCGAACUUCUAGAUGAGGUCGGUCCCAGCGUGUCAUGGGAAGUCCAACCUUACCACUUGGGAAUAGAGUACCAAUCUACUGACAGACUGUUUGUUGAGACGAAGGCUGAGUUUGCCGAUGUACCUGUACCGCAUAAGUAUUAUCAGUUGGUGUUAGCAAGUGAACAAGCAAUAGGAUGGAGCGGGAUAUUGAAGGCAAGCAUUUCCGAUGCCACUGCAAGCAUACAAGCAAAAGUGGUAGCUCCAUUGAAAUGUGACCCAUUAAAGAUUAACCUUGCAUGGGAAGGCGAGACGGUGCCAAACGUAGCCAAAGUGACAGGGGGUAGUGGUAAAUACUCUGUGGAGACCCCCAAAGGGGUGUCAGCGACCAUAGAGUCGGGCAGUGUAUCGGCGUUAGUACCCGCACCGGGUACUUAUGACCUGGUUGUUAACGACCUGUGUGUUUAUGGAGAGAAACAAGUUAUUGAGGUGAACAUAGAAGAGGUCCUCAGCGUAGAAGUGUCCACCGCCCGCGCGGUAUGUGUCGAUGGAUGCAUACCCAUUAGUGCGUUGGUCAAGGGCAUAUCGCACAGGUACUUGAGUACCAGCCGGGAGCCCGACUGGAAGACCCUAGGCGAGGUCACGGUGACGAAUGGCAGCUUGUGUGGAUUGAGGGAAGGCUUCGGACGGGUUAGGGCUGCUUUGGGCGGCGUUUGGAGCCCUGAAGUUGAGGUGACAGUGUUCCCCGCCUUGCGCAUAGUGCCCGAGCGUGCGCGCCUGCCUGCGGGCGGGCGCUUGCGGCUGCGGCACGUGGGCGGGCCGCCGCUGCACCUCGCCACGCUCACGUACCACGCGACGCACGGACAGACGCACUUGCAGGUGUCCACAUCUGGCGCAGUGCAAGGUGUGUCUACGGGCACGGCGCGGGUCCGGUUGGUGGCCUCAGACUUUGCGAGUGUGGAACUCGCCGCCGCUGAAGCUGAAGUUGAAAUAGUCCCAAUAUCAAACCUGCGCGUCCGAGCCGCGACGCAGACGCUGUUGGUGGGUCGGCCGAGCCCCGUGUGGGUGGAGGCGGCAGGGUUGACUGCCACCGCGCUGUCGUCUCUGCAACCCUCUCCGCGGGUCACGUGGAGUCUGCGAGACCCCAGCAUUGCGAGACUGUACACUUCGCACUCUGAUGAUCUGUUGGAGCGGUCCGUAGUAGAAGGGUUGUCUGUACGUGUGGUUCCUCUGAAGCCCGGCGUUAUAACACUUGAUGUUAGAGUACGGAAUAUGGGACAGAUAGCAGAAACCCGUACCUGGGACAGCACAAUCGAGAUCUUAGGAAUCUCUGACAUUCGCACAUCAAUAGACGGACUAUCCCGGGAGAUGAUCCCCGGGGAGCGGCUCUCUGUGGCUGUGGGUUCGACUGUCCGCUUGAAGUCCUUGCCCCGGAGUACCUGGGCCGCUUACGAGGAUGGUGCCUUCGAGUUGAGGCCCAAUGGUGAUGUGGUGGCCGUGAGACCUGGACACGGUGUUAUAUUCGCCAAACACAAGGACGAACAGAACAACAUUGAUAGACAGAGUGUUAUUCACGUGGAAGUAUCAACGCCCCACUACUGCACGGCCGAGCCGUCCGGGGAGGAGGAGUCAGCAGCGAGGCUGGUGCUGAGGAACUCGCUCGGCAGAGAGCUGUUGGCACCGCAAGCCAACAUUUCGCUCGGCACACCGUACGCCGCGCAUGUUCGACGAGCCGCUGACAGUGCUCUCGGGGACGAACUGCUGAUAGCUGGCUUGGACGCGAACGGCGCUUUCCUGAGCUUCCAGAGUACCAUCGGCGGCAGCACUGUGGGAGACGAGGUCUGGGUGACGGGGUCAGAGUCGUACGCUAACAGGGUUAUAGCUACAGGCAGUUGGGCGGUGUGCGUGGAAGGUGUGGGAUGGCGGGCACCACCCGCAGUGCGGUUAUUCGCGGGCGCCGGGGUCACUCUGGCGGUGCUGGCGCAGGACGCGUCCGCGCGCCACGUGCUGCGACUCGACCGGCCCGCCGCUACCUACGUCAUACACCAGAUACCAGUGCAGAAGAUGGAGUUCCUCCCCGGUGAAUGGCCCUCGUCCCUCGUGCCCCUAGCCAUUGAGGGUUCUGGCCUGACUUCAAGUCCGCUGCUCUGCACGGAGGAGCAGAAGUACGCUUUGGACGGUGUGCGGGUCGAACUGCCUUACACUUGCAGAAGCAAGGCGCCUCACACAGCGCAGCCCGUGUUGGAUGUUGAGAAUGGUCAACUCGGUUGCGCGAUCAUCCCAGCAGCCCAAAUCCGAGAGGCAUCCGAAGUCGACCUGUGCGCCGAAUGGGGGGUAGCCCGUACGUGUACCAAAGUCCUCCUUCUACCUCUCAUACAAGUGUCAAGCACGAAACUCAAUUUACAAACCCCACCAACUAGUUUCACCAUCACGGGACACCCUCGAGCAUUGAAACUGGUCAAAAUGACCACAUCUCCGGGCUUGAAACUUGAAAUCAACACCAAAGACGGUGAAAUCAGUGUUAUAGUUAACAGUGAGUUAGUGACUUGUGGUAUCGGAUGGGUUAAUGUGGUGUCUAAGUUGACAACUCAAGAGAUAAAGGUGGAAGUGGAGAGGGAAUGUGAAGUUGGAUGUGGCACUUUGUUGGGAGCGAUAUUCUCUCUUGUCAGUCCGUUUUUACCUACCUUGGUGACUACCUUAGUGUUGGCAUUUGGUUAUAAUUAUGUGCUAUCACGUCUACAGAAGGGCAAGAUCAAGAUGCCAACCGAGCAAACACAGACUGUACAAACUCCAGUUCCACCGUUGCGGAAUAGAACAUGGUCCAGGAGUCCAUAUGCAGCUGCCGGACCCACAGCUCCGGUGUAUGGAGACUCCAGUACACUGCCUGAUGCCAGUUUCUCACCAGACUCUACCAGAAUACACUCAAGAUUCCUUUAGUGACUUAAUAACAAUGUAGUGAAUGUUAAAGACCAGAUACAAUGUGUACUAGUGAAUGUUGAAACAUAUAAAGUGUGUGACAAGGUCCGAUAGAUGCCGGGCUGACUACUCUGGUGUAUGGAGACUGCAGUACAUUACCUGAUGCCACUUUAACCAGACUAUCAGAAUUCACACAAGAUAUCUGUAGUGACUUAAACAUGAGUAAAAUUUAAGACAUUUUGAAGUGUUUAGUGACAAUAUGAUAGUGUUUGUGUUAAAACUGUUUAGAGAGACUAAGUUUUUUUAACAAUGUGAUCAGUAUGUAUUGUGUGCGUGCGUGCGCGCGUGCGUGCUUGCUUGAUUGCGUGCGUGCGUGCAUACCAGUGUGCGUGCGUGCGUGCGUACAAGUGUGCGUGCGUGCUCGCUUGCGUGCGUACGAGUGUGCGUGCGUGCUUGCUUGCGUGCGUGCGUGCAUGUGCGCGCAAGCGUACGUUCGUGUGUGUGAGUGUGUGCCAUUAUUAUAAUAAUUAACUUUUAGGUUCCAGUAGGUCUUCGAUGCACUCCACGUCAUAUCUUAUGAAGACAAAAUAACAUAUUGCUGAAUCGGAAAUCUCUCUCUCUCUCUCUCUCACUUUCGUUACGAUUUAACAAAAAACAUUUUUUAUAAUGUAACUUAUUAAUAUUUUCGACAUUGUUUCAUUUGAUUAUUAUUAUUUUUUUAUUUGUUUAUUGUAAUGUCUUGCACGCUUAUUAGGCACAUUGUAAUUUAGCCACACCAAUUUGACAAUUCUACAUUAUCGCAUUCUGGGACUAAUAUUAACGGGAAAGAUAUUUCCAGUUCAUCAGUUAUUAUUGUAAUAUGAGUUUCUCUUCACGAUAUUUGCCGUAGAGUGUAUCUUAAGCCUAUGACAUAUAAGACCAAGGGGUGAAAUGUAUUGUUUCAUCCUUGGUCAAUGGAGUUAAUGCAAGAAGGUAAAACUUGGUACAUUUCAUGAAAAUGAAUUUUGUGAAAAUUGUGUGAAUGAAUGUGAUAUUUGACAUGAUUAAUGUUUAUAUGGAGAAGAAGUGUAUAAAUCCUAUAUUAGAAAUAGGUACAAUUAAUUAAUUAAAAAGUAACCAUUACACAUACUAUGUAAUACAGAAACUUUUACAAUGGAAGCUUCAUAAUAAAUCAAAAGUGAACACUAGUAUA